UUUUAUACAGUGAUAUUGUGAAGUAUAUAAUAAAAAAUGAAUAUAAAAAAAAAUUUCAUGGAUAAAAUGGUGUUCAAAGUUGGAUACUGGUUGGCUCACAACGCAAGGUGAAAGCGCAUAUUGCGCAUUCGUUUUCUGGUUCUCACUCUCAGUCACGGACGAGCCGGCAACGGCAUCGGCCAAAAGUUAAUUUUAAAAAUUAUUAAAAUAUAUAAGUCAAUAAAUAAUCAUUUAAAUUAUGUGUGUUUAUUAAAUUUACAUAAAAUAAAAAAAUAAUCAAAGUGGUAAAAAAGAGAUAAAGUAGUAAUCGAAAUAUUCGAAAGGAUCGAAAUAUAUUUAGUUAAUUGUGUAUUUUAAAAUGAGACAAAAUCUGAAGACACUGUCUCGAAGGCCAAAUACUCAAGUGGCUGUCAGCCUUGGUACUGGCUCAAUACUUCUGGUUGGAAUUGCUGCAAAUGGUACUGAUGAAUCAUUGAGAGAUUUAACAACAACAACAACAACAACUGAUGAUACAACAACAAUAAAUAAAUCAUCAACAUCAUCAUCUUGCUAUACAUCAUUUGAUAAUAUAAAAAAUGAUAAAUCAUGUUAUAAUUUUACACAUGGUCUUGUUCAAAUGAGAACACUUGAGCAUGAUGAAGCAUCAAUGGAUACACAAGAGACAUCUUGCUACGUACUUGAAGAUACAUCAGAUGAUUCAAAUUAUGAGACUGUUGAAAUUGAAUUAUUACAAUCAGAUAAUUCAAUACAAGAAAAAAUAGAUGAUACAAUUAAUAAUAAUAGCAAUGAUGAUAAUAUAAAUAAUUCAUCAUUAGAAAUUAAACCAAUGACAUUACCACCACCACGUGAAUCAAGUUUAACUGAAACAUUUGGUAAAAGAAUGAAAAUGUUAAGACGAACAUGGAGCAUGACAAAAGUAUCACUUGGACGUAUAAGAAAAAAAACAAUGAAUGAUAAUGAUAAUAUAACAAAUGAUUAUACAAUAAAUGAUAAUAUAAAAUUAAAAACAAGUCAAGUAUUUAAUUUAAAAAAACAUUUUCAAAGAUCAUUAUCAAGUAAAUCAUCAUUAUCAAAAUUUUAUCUUGAUAAUGAUUAUGUUGAUGAUAUGACAAAUUUAAAAAAUAAUAAUUUUUAUAGUAAUGAAGAAAUUUAUGAGAGUAAUAAUUGGUUUAAUAGAUCUGGUUCAUGGAAAAAUAAUUCAUUGAGAAAAAAUCAAGAGAGUUGUUCAGAUGAUUAUAAUAUGCUUGCGGAAGAACCAUUGUAUCAAUAUUAUGCUGCUGCAAAAGUACAUGGUGAGUUUCAAAUAAAUUCUGAUGAUUAUGAUGAAGAUGAUGAUGAUGAUGAGGAUGAUUAUUCAACAUCAUUACCACAAACAUUAGACAUGGGAACUUUGGCACAUCGUACAUUGUGGUGUGAAACAAGUCAAGUUUUACAAAGUGAUAUUCUUGAUAAACUAACACCAGAAGAAAAAAAAAUUCAAGAAGCUAAAUUUGAAAUAAUAACAUCUGAAGCAUCAUAUUUAAAUUCUUUACGUGUACUUGUUACUGAAUUUAUGAUAAAUCAUAAAUUAGUACAUGAAGAUUUAUCACCACAUGAACGUGAUAAAUUAUUUGGACAAGUACCAAAUGUAUUAAUUGCAUCGGAAAAUUUUUUAUCUGAACUUGAAAAAAUAUGGAAUAAUGAUAUAAUGUUAAAUGGUUUACCACAAAUAAUAUUACAACAUGCUGAUAAAUGUUGUAAAAAUUAUAUUGAUUAUUGUUCAAAUCAAGUAUACAUUGAUACAACAUUAAAAAGUUUAAAAAUUAAAAAAAAUUCAACAUUUAUUGAUAAUGUUAUGAAAAUUGAAUCACAUCCAGCAUGUCAAAGUUUAUCAUUACAUUCAUUUUUAAUGUUACCAUUACAAAGAAUAACAAGACUACCACUUUUAGCUGAUGCUGUAUUAUCAAAAUUAUCAACAGAUCAUAUAGAACGUGAAGAUUGGGAAAAAGUAUUAGCUGUACUUGGUAAAAUUGUUAGAGAUUGUAAUGAAGCUGCUAGAAAUACUGGACGUAUUGUUGAUAUUGAAAAUUUAAGUAAAAAACUUGAAUAUUCAAGUAAAAUAAUACCAAUUGAUUUAACUGGUCGUUAUCUUGUACGUAGUGGUUGUGUUAAAACAAUAUUAUCAAAAACAGGAACAGAUUAUGUAUUAACAUUUCGUAAAAAAUAUCAAAAAACAAUAUUACAUAUAUUUUUAUUAAAUGAUUAUAUAUUAAUAACAAAAAUUAAAACAAAUGAUUGUUAUAUUGUUAUUGAUGCAUGUAAAAGAUGUCUUAUUGAACUUGAAAAAGUACAAGAUGAAACACAAUUUACUGGUAAAUAUAGUAUGAUAUUGACAUUGCUAGAAAAUCAUUGUGGUAAACAUGUUGAAUAUAUAUUAUCAUGUGAUAAUCAAACUGAACGUGAAAGAUGGCUUGAUGCAAUGUCACCACCAAAAUCAAAUCUCCUUGGUGAAACAUUAUAUGAAACUUGGGAUUGUCCUCAAGUUGUAACAUUACAUUCAUAUUCACCAAAUCAACCAGAUGAAUUGUCAUUUCAACCAGGUGAAGUUAUUAAAGUACUUAGAAAAUUACCAGAUGGAUGGUAUGAGGGUGAAAAACUUGUUGGUGAUGAAAAAGGAUGGUUUCCUGGUAAUUACACCAAAGAAGUACCAUCAGAACAUGUUAGAGCUAAAAAUUUACGACAACAACAUAGAUUUUUAGCACUUAGUCAUGCAUUUACACAACAACUUAAUAAUCCAAAUCGAUAAUCCCUUUUGUUUUUUGUUAGUAAUCAAUAAAAUUGGUUGUGAUUUAACUCGAGAAAAACAAAAAUACAUGAAAUAUUUACUUGAAUAUUUUUUUAAUUAUUUUAUAAAUAUAUAUAUAUAAAUUUUAAAUUAAAAAAAAAAAAAAAUUUGCACUUGUUUAUUCGCAAAUUAUUAUGUAAAUAAAUUAUCAAAAAAAAAAUUAUAUUUUUUAAUAAUGUUAUUGGAGAAAUUAAAAUAUUAUAAUAAUGUAACAGUAUAAAUUUUUUUGUUAUAAAUUAUAUUCGUACUUUUGAGUAACCAGAAGAACUACGAUCAUCAAAUAAUUUACGUAGAAAAUAAACUUGAAAUGAUGUUGUUGCUGCAAUAACAAUAAUUUGUACAAUUGACCAAUUUUGUACAUAUGAAUUAUUAUCAACUAAUAAAUGAAAAUCACGUUCUUCACGACUUUUUGAAUA